CGACUCCCGAACAACGCCCUGCGCCCUUUUUCCCUCUCUCAUGUUGGUCGUGCGAAGGGGCAAGGCGGCCGCUAGGUCGAAGGCGUUGGAACCAACAACCAACGCCCUCUCCCUGCUACCCAUCGAGAUCUGGAUACUCGUUCUUCGCGAGGCGCAAUACGACGAUCUACUGCCGCGAUACCGAUGGCUGCGUCGAUACUGCCUGGUCUGCAAGUCAUGGAGCCCACACGCCCAACAGCUCCUCUUCGCGCACGUCGCGCUGCGCGGGUCGACGCACUGCAAGGCGUUCAAGAAGGCCAUCCGCGCCUCCGCCCAGCACAACCCUGAGCACACCGCCGCGCUCUGUCGCUCCGUGCGCACGAUCCAGAUGGUCAUCGACCACCAGGAGAUCUACGCGGGCGUUGUUCAGCUCUGCCCCGCCCUGCGCGAGCUGCACCUCUGCAUGUACCAUGCCGCUUUCCGCCCGGAUGCGCUCGCGCGCCUCGCGCAGCUCCCAAGCACUGUUCGUGCCCUGCGCGUGCGCGCGUACCACUACACUGCGCUCUUCCAGCUCCUCGCGCUCUUCCCGAACAUCGAGUACCUCGAGGUCGACUGCAGCGGUAUCCCCGGCCCCCUUCCAGACCCACUCCCGCCACCUCCCGCGUGGCGCCUCCGUGAGCUGCGAUAUUUUAACCCCCGUCGCGCGACCCAGGGCUUCGUCGAGUGGGCGUUGUCCGGACCCGGUGCGGGCUCGCGGGUCACGCUGGAAGCGCUCCGCGUGCAGUGCCCGACGUUCAGCCCGUCGAUCCUCGCGGAAUUAGGUCUCUCCCGGUUGCGUUCUCUCGCGGUGCCCCGCGUGCUGGCUGGCGACGACCUGGCGAUAUUGAACCACAUCGAAGAGAUCUGGAUGACCGCGCCCCGGUACCCCACCCCGACGUUCCGGCGACUACCGACUGGUCUUCGGCACCUCGCGCUGCACCCGCUCAGCGAAACGGUAGACUGCGAAGCAGUCACGGCCGAUUUGGUGGCGUACUACGAAAACUCGGAUGGCCUGCUGGAGGUCGUCACAUACCAUAGACGAUAUGAUGACGAUGACGAGUCGGUGGAGGACAUCCAGAUGCUGCACCAGUUCUGCAAGGAGAGAGGGAUCACGUUCCGGCUCAUGGACCCAUUAUACGGGUACUAUGCUGGCGAGCGCAUCCCUUUCGAGCCAGUGACCAGUUGCCCCCGGGACAUGCCGCUCUCGUCACGACGCCUCAUCGUCAGUCAGAGCAAGCUGGACGCCAUCUUGAAGAUGCCCCGCAAGAAGCCGACCUUUACGCGCAAGAUGGCAAGGUCGGCGAAGAGAGCAUUCGAGAACAUCCAUCCGGCUUAUUUUGGCAAGAUGUGAGGAGUCUUAAGCAUCAACUUAGAGCGGAUAUGUCCCGGACUUUUAGAGAGCAAUGCGUUAUUCAUUAGAGUAGCAUGUAAGGUGCAAUGAUCAUAGUACAAAAUGUAUGUGUGCUGUAA